UUGAAGUUGGCCAGUUUCACUCUUUAUGUGAGAGUAGAACUGUUCAGUGAUCAAUUUAGACCCCCAUUUCUUUUUCUUAUUCUAACAGAUGUUGUACUUUGCUAUGUUUAAUUUUAUUUUGUACCUUUUCUUAUUGUUGUUGCUCCAAAUUCCCAUACCCAUCAAUCAUGGCCUUAUCUUCUACUUGCUUUUGUCAUUCCCAAUUCUCACUCAAGAUGGACAGCUGGACACCUGCUCUGUCAUCAAAUAUCCUAUGUUAUAUCAGGAGGAACCAGCCUCCAGCCUCCACACUUAAAACAAUAAACCCUGACCUUUUAAGUCAACAAGUUCGGAAACAAAGAACCAAGCAUGGCAAUGAGUGGAGUUUCCUCGGAGGAUCAAGAGUAAUGUGUCAGCCUAACCUCCAAAUUCUUCCACAAAGAAGAAGCUACAGAGUGUCUGCUAUGUGGUUGCCUAGUUCUCAAGUAGCUAGUAGUGUCUUUACGCUAGGAACAGCAGGCGUUCUUCCGUUUUACACCCUCAUGGUUGCAGCACCUAAAGCUGAACUUACCAGAAAAUUGAUGGAAAGUGCCAUACCAUAUGUUGUGCUUGGACUUCUGUACGCUUAUCUGUUGCACCUGUCUUGGACACCAGAUACAAUUCGGCUGAUAUUUGCUAGUAAAUACUGGCUUCCAGAGCUGUCUGGUAUAGCAAAGAUGUUCUCCAGUGAGAUGACAUUAGCAUCUGCUUGGAUUCACCUAUUGGCUGUAGAUCUUUUUGCUGCAAGGCAGGUUUAUCAUGAUGGUUUGCAAAAUGGUGUUGAAACGCGGCAUUCUGUGUCUCUCUGCUUGCUAUUUUGCCCCAUUGGAAUUGUUAUUCAUCUCUUCACCAAAGCUGUACAAAGUAGUGCAGAAAAAACAGUGCCGAGAACUCACUGACAGAGAUUUAACAAUUUUUGCCUGUUUUUGACUAAUGUAACAGUGAACAAAGUGUAAUUUUCAUUCAACUACAUAUAAGUAUGCAAGUUGUAUAUCAUUGAUCCAACACUGCUUGAAGCAGUUGAAAAUCGAAA